AUGCGUAAGACAUCAGCCAGGGCCAUUACAAGGGAAUCGGCUGGAAACUCCCUUGUUACAAGUCCACAGGGUAUUACCGUUAUUGCUGGUGCCAAGCGCAGACGCGAAAGUACCGAAUUGGGAGGACCCGUUGAUGUUCCCAAACCUUCCCGGGACGUGAUGGUUGCGGCAUUGGCAGAAGUCGGCGUCGACGUCGGAGGGUGCUCACUGGACCACGUACAGCUAUUUUCGCUCUACCGAAAGAACGCUAAUCCUUCCAAAGCCCGAAAACCAAACAAUCAAACUCUCCAAGACGAAAUCGAAGAGAUCGAAGGAAGAAAUGGCCGAUUGAUAGUGCUUCGAAAGCCGCCAAGCAAAAGACGCUCGGUCAAUUUUACUCUUCAAAUACCCCCCCUGGAGCGUGAACCUGCAAGAGGGACCAACUCCCAAAGCACUGAGGGAAACCAGGACACAAGGGACGAUGAUGAUGAGCUGAGUGAAGAGGCCACCAUCUUGAAGGAGUGGUGCGAUUCUGAUCCCUUUGGCGACCAAACUCAUUCCGCGGGCCUCGGUUCUGGAUCUCUCGUCAUCGACAAGUCUCGUACUACCCGCUCACCUUCACCCCAAUCGACCGCACCACUGAGUCCCCAUACUCACAACCGUUCUGCACCUGGUGCUCCACCUCGAGUGCCAGAUGGUAACUCUGACCGUCAUGAUUCUACUCACGAUCUUCGAGGAGCUUCUACCAAUCAAACCUCUCGUCAAACCUCUGGCGCUGGCGAUACUCGAAAAGAUCUCUCUUUUCUUCAUGCUGCUUCUGGUACUUCUUCUGACGAGGGAGAGGACCUCCUCGGUCCAAUUUUGGACCACCGUUUACGACCGCGGGAUGCUAAUUCUCGUCGGGUAUCCAAAACUCGCUGUGCUUCAGUAUCUAAGAAAGCAGGCCCAUCUCAGAAACAGAAGAUCACUCGCUUGUCACGUUCAGGAACCCAGGCGACUGCCGAUGACUCCGACGAGGACGACGAACAUGUAGUCGGUCUCUCUCGCAAGCCUCGUCGCAAAUCCAAAGUUUCGGGAGCAGUCCACUCUGACAGACAAGAGACGUCUGGGGAUGACAAUCCCCCUGCCGCCAUUGGUCGAGGUCGAGGACAACGUCGAGGUUCAGAUCGUGCUCGUGGCUCCUCUCGUGGACGAGGACGCGGACAAGGGCGUGGACGAGGCUCUGCAAGCGCUCGUCCCGACACCACCAAUCUUACUGUACAGAAAGUGUCAAAACCUUCCCGUGUCAAAAUCACUCCGAGACAAGGAAACCCGCUACAGCUACGAGUUACUUCCCCCCGAGAUUCUGCUUCCAACAUUCAAUCCACCAGUCAAAGAAGAAAGAAAAUCAUACCAGAUUCAGAUGAAGAGUGUCAUCUUGACAAUGCGCGGGAUGAUGACUGGACACCAGACGCCAAUCGGGAAGGUUCAAAUGAUGAAGACGAAGAAUUGAAUCAGCCAAAUGAAAGCAAUAAAGCACCUCGAAAAUCGAAGCAAUCUAAUCAACCGACGCGAUCCAAUGACGCUAACCGCCGGAAUACACCAGUGAACUUCAGUGGUGAUACAGCAAGUUCCCGAAGGAAGGGUAAAGGUCGAGCGACUAAUCAAGAUGCGGUUUCUGGGGACGACGAAGAAGCUGACAUACUUCAGAGAUGGAAGGACCACGACCUCAUGGGAGACACAUCACCUUUGGCUCGACCAGCAUCACCAAUCAUACCGGACCUUGAUGAUCCAUCGUCAUCAGUUCCAUUCGGAUCACACGCCACGGAAGAGAUGCGUAUUUUAUGCAAACAUCUGUCUGUUGUAAGCGCCAACACCUCCACAAAUAUCACCGAUAUUCGGCGCCUCAAUCAUCGGAUGGACAUGUUGUUUGAUCUUGUUCAGCGUGCUCUUUCCCGCGAGUCUACCGCACGCGGCUCUGCACCAAGAGGUGGGAGAGACGCGUCAAGUGCUAGGCAAAGCAGUGACGAAGAGAAAGAUUCUCCAUGUCCGAGAACCACUCCACAAAGAAGAUACGUCAGGAAGCUUAUCCGAGUGCUUUUAGGCUUGAAACCCGAUGACAAAGAUGCCCCACAUGGUGCUACACCCGCCGAAAAACGUAACUGGAACACGGACACCAUCACCAUCCAGGGGUUACUUGCAGAUGGGCCGGUUGAUCUGCAAGACACUGACAACACCGUCUUCACGAGUGGACUUGCGGCCCACGACAAGAGUCCUGGUUCAAUUAAAAUAAUCCGAGAUACGUUGUAUCAAGCGGGUGUGGCGAAAUUUCAACCGGAAUGGUCAGAACCCAUGGCUUCAGUCAACAACGCACACCUCUGCCGAGUCGCAACCGCCAUAUUCAUCAAACUUGUACAAUCUGGUGAAUAUUCUGGUGUCUCCAAGGAUGUGGACCCUGGCCAAAUUUAUCGAGUAAUUUUGAAUCAUUUGAAUGAUACCUGGCGUCGAAAAUUCCGCGAGAACCGUGAAUGGUCUCAGAACCGACUCCAAGAACGACAUAAAACAAAAGUUCAAAACAACCGAAUUUCCAAAGUCCGAGAAGCACGAAGUCAGUUUGUUAUGGCCCGGCCAAACUUGUGGGCCCUCACACCAGUUGUCCAGGCUUGCUGCAGCAAUGACGAAACCGAUUCCGAGGCUGACCAAGAGCAAGAUAGAAAAAUAUGCAAGAUUUGGCGAUUACCUUGGCGAAAUCCCUUACUUCAAAAAAUAUUUGAUGACAUAGACGCCGCCCGAGAAAGAAACAAUCCUGUGAACAGUUCCCCCGGAAACCAACCAAGAGUUCGUCAACGUGAUCCAAAUUAUCCUGUCAGCAAAAAAACACCACCAAAAGGCCUCAACGUUGAUUGUUAUUGUCCCUUGUGGCUGGAUGCAGUUGUUGGUCGGCGCGAACUGCUGAAAGUAGUUGAACAACCUAUCUUGGCUGCUGUAAAAAAAAACCUUGCAAGUGACGCAGCUAUCUCCCAAAUCGGACCAGAGUUGAUAGUACCUGGGAUCAAUGGGCCUGCGUCGGACUCGGAUCAUAGCGAAGGAGGUAAACAGAAUCUCGCGAAGAGAGUAUCAUCUUGGUCUCGCUCUUACAAAUCAACUUAUACAUUCACUCAAGUUUUCAGCUUACUCAUAUCUCACAUCAUGAGCCACGGGAAACAGCCUGUUUUCCUCUGCUUAUGCUCCAAAUGUAUCCAAGAAAGUCACCCGGUUGACGGCAUAGAUCAGCCAGGCCUUCUCAUUCCCCGCAUCACUUGUCAAAUUCACCGCGCCGCAGAUCAGCGAGCCAGUAUUCUAGCAAGUCUUCAAUCACGUCAUCGACCUAUGGUGACGAACGAUGAAGAGCGCGAAGAUGAUCAUUUGAUGGACGUCGACGACCGUGAUCGUCAGGAACCUCUCAACAAUCCUACGGAAGAUAAUUGUAUGGAUAUCGAGCGAACCAGUUCUUCCAAUCGUCGAAUAUCUCAAGGCUUCGAGGGAGAACCCACAAAUUCUGCCGAAAACAUCUUUGACACAACUGACUAA